AUGAAAGAUUCUGCUAUGUUGAAAGAUCAACCCACUGUUUUCCUAAAUUUUUCUGAGUCUGAGGAUUUUAAUUUGAGUUUGGAGAACAGUAAUAAUUCGAAGAUUUUGAAAAAUAAAAAAGAUGUCAUUAUUGAUGAAUAUCUACAAACCAUUGGACUAAUCAUCUUAUUAGUUUUAUUCUUUACUAUUGUUAUUGGUAAUUUGACUGUAUUGGGUGUGAUUUUCUCAAAAAAAAUCAAAACACAAAUGGAAAUAUUCAUCAUUAAUUUGGCUAUUACAGAUCUAUUUGUUGCUCUUGGUGGAAUUUUACCGGAAAUAAUUUGGAAUAUUACAAUUGUAUUUUAUGCACCAACAUUUGUUUGUAAACUGGUGAAGUAUAUGUCUACUACCAUAACAUAUGGAAGCUCUUUCGCCUUGAUAGCGUUGAGUAUCGAUCGUGCAGAGGCUGUUUGUAGACCGCUUAGAGCAACAUCGUCCAAAUUCAGUAAAAAAACACAUGCUCUCAUGUUAAUCGGAUCUGCAUGGUUAGCUGCAAUGGUAUGCGGUAUACCUACAGCAUUUCUAGCACAAAAGGUUUAUGAGGGGACACAGUAUGAAAACUGUCGAUUCGACUUUAGCAGAAUCAGCCCACAAGCCUACCUAACCUCGAUAGCAAUGUCAGUUUUUGUCAUACCAGCGUUUAUUAUAGCUACCUGUCAUAUUAUCAUUGUGAUUAAGAUCUGGCGUGCAUCAAAAUCUCGAAAAUUCAGAAUCAACGAUCUACCAGAUUUGCGUCAAAAGCAAUCUCAGGAAAAGCAUCCAAGUAACCCGCUUUCUGUAACUACAAUUUCUAUAUCAAACAAGAAGAUAAGUGAAUUGUCGCUUGAGAAAAAGAGUCUGCGAAUUGGACUAUCUAGACGCAUCAAUCGUAAACAUGUACAUUCGAGUUGUAUAUCCCGUGCUAAAGUGAAAACAGUUAAAAUGACUUGUCUAAUAGUCUCAACUUAUGUGAUUUGUUGGUGUCCAUUUAUGGUAUGGAACUUACUGGUUACGUAUGGAUAUAUGAAACGUUGUGCUCCUUAUUUGAUGAAAUAUUCACCAAUCAUUCAACAUUUGGUACCACUUAACUCAACAGUAAAUCCUGCAAUAUUUUGGAUAUUCAAUGCAGAAAACUUCAUUCAGAGACGAAGAAGGACAACUGGAAUAGUUGUGACAGAUGCUACGAAAUUUUGA